GCGGGCAGUUAUCAAUUGCAGUUGCGCCUGAAAAGAUUGCCAACGGCAAACAGUUUAAGCGAGAUUUAACCAACAAUUUCGCUUACAUUGAGUGGCAACAACAUGGACGUAUUAGAUGACGACGACAACUACAGCGACAAGUUGAUUUUAGUGCAACAGAAUCUGCGAUCAAUGCCCAAGGAAAUAGUUGAACGUUAUGCGGAUUGGACAGAACAUUUGGAUUUAAGUUACAAUUGCCUCAAGGAUCUUUCGUGGCUAGGUGAAUUUGAGCAACUGCGUUAUCUGGUGCUGGACAGCAAUCGAAUGCACGAAUCUCAACUGCGAACGCUGAACAAACCAUUACCGCAGCUAGAAGUGCUCAUGUUGAACAAAAAUGAGUUCAGCGAUUUGACUGCAACGAUUAAGCUUAUCAGAAGACUCUUCCCCAACCUACAAUACCUCAGUCUGCACGGCAAUCCCAUUUGUCCCGAUGGCCUCAAUCUGCAGCCAUUCUCUAGUUACUUAAAAUACGACUACGAGUACUACAGCAAUUUCAUUGCCCAGUCGUUGAGCAAGCUAAAGUUUUUGGAUCACGGUCUAGUACAGCGAUCUUAUAGCUAUGAAAGUUUUCCGCGCUACCCAAUUACAACUACAACUCGACUUUAGAACGCGGGGCAUUUUCAAGUAAUGCAAAUAAAUUAGUCAGCAUUUAUAUAUUUAAGACACACCCUGUAUUCUGUGGCAAAAGCUUGUGCCCAAUAGCCAAGACAUGCACCUAAAAAUAUUGCUAAAAGCUUUCGUCGACAAGUUAAAAUCAGCCGACGAAACACCGCACAAAACGGAAAGCACGAUAAGGCACAAUGAAAAUAAUAAACACAAUCAAAAUAA